AUGGCUUCGUUCAGUUGCCCCAGAAGGCCGUGGCCCAGGGUGGCCCAGAGUGGCCAAGCUUGCUCCAGCCCAGUGGCCUGGUUGACUCUUCCCAUGGUGAUGACCCUGCUGCCAACAUCACCGCCAGGUUCUACUGGACAAUGGCAUGCCUCCUCCGGGGGUGCCGGCCGCCGGCUGUGGCCUGGUGGAGUUCUUCUGGUCCGAUGUGGCUCCAGUUUCGCUGCAUUUCAUGCCUCUCAUCCUCUCGCUUCCUCUCCUCACCCUCCGGCGGCACCCGGAGGUGGACCCCGACCGAAUGAUGCUCCAACUUGCGGGCCAAAUCUUGACUUUUUUUACCCAGCCAUGCAGUGUAGCUGA